AUGUAUACAAACGAACAAGCCAUUACUAAAUUAUGGAAUCCAGACAAGUCAAUUAGUCGACUUUGUUGUUUGUCUCAAGUGAAAGUAGUUCCGAAAUUUUACAGAAGUAACAAAACUCCUUUAUACGAUCUCGUUGGCCACAGUGAUCGUAUAUUGUGCUGUGACUGGUCACUGAAUGAAUUAAUUGCGAGUGGUGGCGUGGACUGUACAGUUAAAACAUAUCGACGGAAGAUGUGA